UCCUUGGUUUUCGGCAGCGCGGAAGGAUUAGGAGGGUUUUAGCCCGUUUAGCCUUCUCUUCUCCUCUCUCCGCGUCUCUCCUAUCCGCUGCAGACGGCGACGACGCUGUUGCUGCAGCCACAUUCCACCGCCAAAACCCAAUCAACACCGCCAUCUCCAGCCCCUUCAUCUUUCACCAUCCGCCAUCAGUUGUUAAAAACCCACAAGUCAACUUCUCUCGAAUUUACUGCAAAUUUCAGUUCCAAGUAAAACCAUCACAAGUCAAGAAAAUUGGGAUUUGGGCAGCCAAUUGGGAUUCAAUUGCAUUUUCCUGGCAUUGCCUUGUUGGGUUUGUGCUCCGGAAUAUCACCAUAAAUUAGAGUACUCGCCAUAUGACUUCUGUUUCGGUACUGACUGGUAGUCCCUCCAGAUGCUGCUUCCAAAUUCCAGCAUGCAGUUCUGGUUCACUACGUGGGCAGGUUUCAAAUUUUCCUCACCGUUGGAAGCCUGCAGGAAAGAAUGAGCUACUUCGUGUGGAAAGCAGAAGUUAUUGGACUGGUUUUGCACAAGGGUUGAGCGCGCGGAAAACACAUCUGAUCAAGUUUUCCAUGGAUGCAUCCUAUGGUGAUAUGUCCAAUGAACCAACUGCUAUCUUUCCUAGGAUUAAUGUGAGGGACCCAUACAAACGACUUGGAAUAAGCAGGGAUGCUUCGGAAGAUGAGAUUCAGGGUGCAAGGAACUUCCUUAUCCGACAGUAUGCAGGUCACAAACCAAGUGUGGAUGCAAUUGAAUCAGCCCAUGAUAAAAUAAUCAUGCAGCAGUUCUACGACAGGAAGAAUCCAAAAAUUGACUUUAAGAAAAAGUACAGGGAAGUUAAUCAGUCCCGUGUUGUGCAGGCUGUGAGAAAUAGGUUCCGAACUCCGUCCACAAAAUUCAUUAUAAAAACGUCAAUUGCAUUUGUAGUGCUUGCAGCUCUCACUGUUCUAUUUCCAACCGAAGAAGGUCCGACUCUUCAAGUAGCCCUUUCCUUGUUGGCUACCAUUUACUUUGUAUAUGACAGGCUUAAGAGCAAGUUACGAGCUUUUCUCUACAGUGCUGGAUCAUUUGCUUUGUCGUGGCUCUUGGGAACCUUCUUGAUGGUGUCUGUGGUUCCACCUCUACUGAAAGGACCAAGGAGUUUCGAGGUGACAACGUCAUUGAUAACCUAUGUGCUACUCUGGGUCUCGUCGACAUACCUGAAGUAAUUUCUGUUCUUGCUACGCACCUCAAUUUUGUUGGAGUGGAAACCACCGAUUUUCUCCGAGAUUUAGCUCAUGCACAAACGUUUCCUUCAUCGAGACGGUGCUGAUAAAUCUGGCAAAUUGUAGGACAAGAGAGGUAUUUUAUGUCAUUCGGAGAAAGGGUGUAAAAGUAGAUGAAGAAGCCAAUCGGUUUAAGAAAUUGACCUUUUGUUUCUUUGUUUUUGUUAAUUAUUAUUAAUCAGUCAAUUAUUUUCGUUUC